AUGUCGCAGCAGGCCUCGUCCUCGCUGGACCGCAUCGUCCUCGACCUACGCUCGAAAAAGGAGCGCACAAUCUCCGCCAAGUGGUCGAAGCAGCGCAUCGCGAUCUCCGGCCUCGUCAAAUCGGGCAACGACUCCAACGAACGCAUCGGCGGCAUCCACGCGCUCAAUGCCCUCAUCGACUUUCGCGGCGACGAUGCGGGCCAAAAGACGACGCGCUUUGCGUCUUACCUCCGGGCGGUGAUGAACGGCCAGGACACGACAGCCAUGGUGGUCGCAGCAAAAGCGUUGGGAAGACUAGCGAAGCCUGGAGGAACACUGACUGCAGAGCUGGUAGAGGCAGAAGUAAAAGGCGCGCUGGAAUGGCUGCAGCUCGAGCGCAUGGAGAACCGCCGCUUCGCCGCCGUGCUCAUCCUGCGCGAGCUGGCGAAGAACUCGCCCACGCUCAUGUACCAGUGGAUCGCGCAGAUCUUCGAGGUCAUCUGGGUCGCCCUGCGCGAUCCGAAAGUGCUCAUCCGCGAGUCCGCCGCCGAAGCCAUUAGCGCUUGUUUCGAAAUCAUCUCUCCGCGAGACUCGCAGAUGCGCCAGCUGUGGUUCGGCAAAGUCUACGACGAGAUUCUGCGGGGCUUUGCGAUUGGCAGCAAUGAGGCGAUACAUGGCUCGCUGCUCACGAUGAAGGAGCUGCUGGACAAGAGCCCCAUGUUCAUGAACGAGCAGAAGUACAAAGAGACGGUCGAGACGGUGCUCAAGUACAAGGACCAUAGGGACGCGCUGGUGCGGAGAGAGGUGGUACUUAUCAUUCCCAUCCUCGCGGGUUAUUCGCCCACAGAGUUUGCGACGAAGUACCUGCACCAGUGCAUGUUGCAUCUGCAGGGUCUGAUUAGGAAGGACCGCGAUCGGGACAAGGCUUUUGUUGCGAUCGGGCAGAUUGCGAAUGCGGUCGGCGUCGCAAUAUCACCGUACCUGGAGGGCAUACUAGGAUUUAUCCAGGAGGGUCUGCUUCAGAAAGCGCGGAAUAAGUUGGUUGUCAACGAGGCACCCAUCUUCCAGUGCCUGAGCAUGAUUGCGGCGGCAGUGGGCCAGGCUCUUACAAAGAGCGUGGAACGGUUACUGGACCCCAUCUUCUCCUGCGGAUUGAGCGACUCUCUUUUCCAGGCUCUUGUCGAUAUGGCGCACUACGUUCCCCCUUCUCGGCCGAUGAUUCAGGAGAAGCUGCUCGAUCUUCUUAGUCAGAUUCUCGCUGGGCGACAUUUCCUGCCCCUUGGCAGUCCGUACCAGGUCUCACAGCCCCCUCAGAUAUGGACGCGAGAUCACAAAGACCCGCAAACGAUUGGUCCCCGGGAAGCGGAGAUUGCACUUGCUCUGCACACGCUCGGAAGCUUCGAUUUCAACGGACACGUCCUGAAUGAGUUCGUUCGUGAUGUUGCGAUUCGUUAUGUCGAGGCAGACAAUGCUGAGAUUCGAAAGCGGGCAGCCUUGACUUGCUGUCAGCUAUUUGUCAAGGAUCCGAUAGUGCAUCAGACCAGCACGCAUGCUACAAAGGUCGUCGGCGAUAUCAUCGAGAAGCUCCUUACUGUAGCCGUUGGUGAUGUCGAUCCUGACAUCCGGUACGAGGUGCUUCUGGCUCUAGAUGCUCGUUUCGAUCGCCAUCUCGGAAAGGCAGACAACGUUCGGACGCUCUUCCUUGCGCUGAAUGAUGAAGUCUUCGUCAUUCGCGAGGCUGCCAUGUCCAUUAUUGGCCGCCUAACAUCGGUCAAUCCUGCAUAUGUCUUCCCCUCUUUGCGAAAAGUACUGUUGCAGUUACUGACAGAAGUCAACUACGCCAAUAGCCCGAGGAGCAAGGAAGAAAGUGCACAGCUGAUUAGUAGUCUUGUUGGCGCAGCUGAUAGCCUCAUCAAGCCCCUCGUCGACCCGAUCGUCACUGUACUCCUGCCAAAGGCCAAAGACCCGAACCCAGAGGUCGCUUCCACAACUCUGAAAGCCAUCGGUGACUUGGCUACAGUUGGUGGCGAAGGCAUGAUCAAGUACAUUCCAGAGCUCAUGCCAGUCAUACUGGAGUUCAUGCAAGACAUGAGCUCCGACUCCAAGCGCUUCUCGGCGCUGAGAGCACUCGGUCAGCUAGCCACGAACGCUGGCUAUGUCAUCGAGCCAUACAGAGACUACCCAGAGCUCAUGAAUAUAUUGAUGAACAUUGUCAAGACAGAGCCUGAAGGCGAACUUAGAAGGGAAACCGUCAGACUCAUGGGUACGCUGGGUGCACUGGAUCCAGAUGAGUACCAGAAGAUCAUGGAGCAGUCGCCGGACAAGCAUCUCAUCAUGGAAGCACAAGCAGUCACUGAUGUCUCCCUUAUUAUGCAGGGCAUUACCCCUUCAAACGAAGAGUACUACCCAACGAUCGUCAUCAGUACACUGAUGGGUCUGCUCAAGGAUCCAUCAUUGGUUCAGUUCCAUUCCGCGGUUGUGGACGCUGUUAUGAACAUCUACGCCACCAUGGGACUCAAGUGCGUUCCUUUUCUCAACCAGGUUGUACCUGGCUUCUUGCAGGUUAUUCGUUCUACGCCAGCCGGACGCUCGGAAGGCUACUUCAACCAGCUCAGUCAACUGGUCAAAACUGUUCGCCAACACAUCCGUCCUUACUUGCCCAGCAUACUUGCCACGAUCAAGGAGUAUUGGAGUAGCAGCCCGCAGCUUCAAGCUACCAUCCUCUCGCUUAUUGAGGCGAUUGCUCGGUCACUCGAGGGGGAGUUCAAGGUAUACCUGGCGGAUGUACUGCCGCUCAUGCUUAGUGUGCUCGAUUCGGACAACACUGGUAAGCGACUUCCUUCUGAGCGAGUACUACACGCUUUUCUUAUCUUUGGAUCGAGCGCGGAGGAAUACAUGCAUCUCAUUAUUCCGGUUAUGGUCAAGAUGUUCGAUAAGCCUGGACAACCUAUGCACAUACGGAGAUUAGCGAUUGAGACGCUGGGACGGUUGUCAAAGCAGGUGAAUGUUUCGGAGUUCGCUGCACGGAUCGUGCAUCCUCUAUGCCGAGUACUGUCUGGUUCCGAUCCAACGCUGAAGCAGACGGCGCUUGAGACGCUCUGUGCGCUCAUCUUCCAGCUCGGACCGGAUUAUGUCCACUUUGUCCCGACCGUCAACAAGAUCCUCAUCACUCACAAGGUUCCACACGAGAACUAUGGUCGCAUUGUGUCGAAGCUACAGAAAGGUGAACCACUCCCACAGGACCUGAGCCCAGAUGAGCGAUAUGGAGAGGACGACGAAGAUAUGAACACAGCAGAAAUUUCGACCAAGAAGCUGGCGGUCAAUCAACAGCAUCUCAAGCAAGCUUGGGAGGCAUCAUCGAAGACAACGAAAGAGGACUGGAUUGAGUGGAUGCGAAGAUUCAGUGUGGAGCUUCUUAGAGAGUCGCCGCAGCAAGCACUGCGCGCUUGCACACCGCUUGGCAGUGUCUACAACCCUAUCGCAAGGAUACUGUUCAACUCGGCCUUUGUCUCAUGUUGGACGGAGCUCUACGAUCAGUAUCAGGAAGAACUUGUGCGAUCCAUUGAGACAGCUCUUACAUCGCCUAACAUUCCGCCGGAGAUCUUACAGAUUCUCUUGAACUUGGCCGAGUUCAUGGAGCACGACGACAAAGCACUUCCCAUCGACGUGCGGAUACUCGGAAUGUAUGCUGGAAAGUGUCAUGCGUUUGCGAAGGCACUGCAUUACAAGGAGCUCGAGUUCAACGCGGAGCAAAACUCUAACGCUGUCGAAGCGCUCAUCAGUAUCAAUAACCAACUGCAGCAAACAGAUGCAGCUUUCGGUAUCUUGCGUAAGGCACAGCAUUACAACGAUGUUGAGCUGAAGGAGACAUGGUACGAGAAGCUACAAAGGUGGGACGAGGCCUUACAGGCCUACCAAGAUCGUGAACGAAGAGAAGGAGAUUCGUUCGAAAUCACCAUGGGCAAGAUGCGAUGUUUGCAUGCCCUUGGUGAAUGGGAUCUCCUGUCCACGCUGUCAAAGGAGAAGUGGGCCAAUGCAGGUCAGGAAUAUCGGAAGGCAAUAGCACCACUUGCUGCAACGGCGUCUUGGGGUCUAGGCAAGUUCGCCGACAUGGACUCUUACCUCAACGUCAUGAAGGAGCAGUCGCCAGACCGCGCUUUCUUCGCUUCUAUCCUCAACAUUCACAACAACCGCUUCGAAAUUGCCAUUGACGAGAUCGCCAAGGCGCGGAAGGGUCUCGAUACAGAGCUCAGCUCGCUGCUUGGAGAAUCGUACCAGCGCGCUUAUCUGCCCAUGAUUCGUGUGCAGAUGUUAGCGGAGCUUGAGGAGAUUAUGCAGUACAAGCAAAAACGAGAACAACAAGGACAAGCAAGCCAGCUGGUCAUUACACCACAUGAAGGUACCGACAUGUGGAUCAAGUACACCAACCUGUGCCGGAAAAACAACAGGAUGAACCUCGCGAACAAAGCCCUCCAGAAGCUGCUCGAUAUCGAGGGUACGGGCGAUGGUAGAGUGGUGGAGUACGUCCGCGAACACGGCCACAAGAUCCCCCAUCCAGUGGCGUACGCGACGUACAAGUUCAUGUGGGCAGACCAGAACUUCAAGCAAGAAGCACUUGAUUCGAUGAAAGACUUUACAGCCCGACUUUCCGACGAUCUUGCCAUGCGAGCAAGAGCUGCUGCGAACCCGAUGAUGGCGCAAAACGGCAUGAACGGUAUGGCAGGUCAGUUCAACAACAUGAAUCCCUUCGCGGCGACGAAUGGAUCCAACGGCAUGAACGGCUCAAGCAUCCUCAAUGGUUCAAACAUGGGUGUGUCGCCAUCAGAGCUAGCCGAAGCUCAUCGACUGCUUGCGAAGUGCUACCUCAAACAGGGUGACUGGCAGCAGGAGCUUCAAGAUGGCGAGUGGGAGCACGAAUUUGUCCACGAGAUUCUGUCCGCCUACGCAGCUGCGACACGAUACAACCAGAACUGGUACAAGGCGUGGCACGCUUGGGCACUUGCCAACUUCGAAGUCAUCAACUCGAUCACGUCCAAGGCCGACCGCGAGACUACAGAUGUGCCCUCUAACAUGGUGCACGAUCAUGUAGUUCCGGCUAUCCACGGCUUCUUCAAGUCUAUUGCUCUUUCGUCGAGCAGUUCACUUCAGGAUACGCUGCGCCUGCUUACGCUGUGGUUCAGCCAUGGUGGUCUGUCUGAAGUCAAUCGUACGAUUUCAGAGGGUACCAAGUCGGUGCCCAUCGAUACAUGGCUGGAGGUCAUUCCUCAGCUGCUUGCUCGUAUCAACCAACCCAAUCCCACGGUCAGGCAGUCGAUCCACCAAUUGCUUACUGAAGUCGGCAAGGCGCAUCCACAGGCUUUGGUGUUCCCAUUGACCGUCUCAAUGAAGUCAGAUGUCUCGCGGAGACAGCGUUCUGCCAAGGAGCUCAUGGAGGCCAUGCGCGAACACUCACCGAAAUUGGUCGAACAGGCAGAUCUCGUCAGUCACGAGCUCAUCCGGAUCGCAGUGCUCUGGCACGAGCAGUGGCAUGAGGGUCUCGAGGAGGCAAGUCGACUUUACUUUGGCGACCACAAUAUCGAUGGCAUGUUUGCAACGCUCGCGCCACUUCAUGCCAUGCUCGACAAGGGCCCUGAGACGCUACGCGAGAUUUCGUUCAUUCAGUCCUUCGGCCGUGAGCUGCAAGAAGCCAGGGAUUGGUGCAAUACUUUCCGCACUUCUGGCGAGAUUGGCGAUCUCAAUCAGGCUUGGGAUCUCUACUACCAGGUCUUCAGGAAGAUUGCGAGACAAUUGCCUUCCCUCAUGUCACUUGAGCUGCAAUACGUCUCGCCCAAGCUCAAGGAUGCGCAUGAUCUUGAGCUUGCCGUGCCUGGAACGUAUGUCGUUGGUAAGACAGUUAUCCGGAUUAUUUCGUUUGAUCCUGUCGCCACAGUCAUUCAGUCCAAGCAAAGACCCAGGAAGCUGGAAAUGCGUGGUAGUGAUGGUAAAGCGCAUACCCAUAUUCUCAAGGGUCACGAGGAUAUCCGACAAGACGAACGUGUCAUGCAACUCUUUGGCCUAUGCAAUACCCUCCUCGCCAACGACGUCGAGUCUCGGAAGCGCCACCUCAACAUUCAGCGUUAUGCGGCUGUUCCGCUUAGCACGCAGUCCGGUCUGCUUGGAUUCGUCCCUAACAGUGACACGCUCCACGUACUUAUACGAGAGUACCGUGAUAGUCGGAAGAUUCUACUCAACAUCGAGCACCGCAUCAUGCUACAGAUGGCGCCUGACUACGACUGUCUCACACUCAUGCAAAAGGUUGAAGUCUUUGGCUACGCGCUGGACAACACCACCGGCCAAGAUCUCUACCGCGUGCUCUGGCUCAAGUCCAAAUCUUCUGAAGCCUGGCUCGAUCGUCGUACCAACUACACACGCUCGCUUGCCGUCAUGUCCAUGGUCGGGUACAUUCUUGGUCUGGGCGAUCGCCACCCGUCCAAUCUCAUGCUCGACCGCGUGACCGGAAAGAUUGUGCACAUUGAUUUCGGUGACUGUUUCGAAGUCGCCAUGCACCGCGAGAAAUACCCCGAGCGUGUACCUUUCCGCCUCACCCGCAUGUUGACUUCAUACACGACCCCCUCCUCACCUGGCGCCUCCACCAUACCGCCUCCCCCGUCGAGCCCUCUUUCCCCUCGGAGCGCCGCCAAUCCAUCAUGGGCGACGCGCACGCAUCCUCCGUCGACCCCAUCGGCUCCAUGCAGCCGCGCCGCCACCGCUCGAGUAUUGCGCCGCCAACCAACGACGUCGAGGCCAAGGAAGUGCAGAACGCGCGCGCCCUGCAGGUGCUCUCCCGCGUCAAGGAGAAACUCACGGGCAGAGAUGGACGACCAGGCGAGGAGCAGAAUGUCAUCGAUCAGGUCUCGAGGCUCAUUAGUGAGGCGACGAAUUUGGAGAAUUUGUCGUUAG